AUGGACAGACCCCGGAAAUUGGGGGCAAAGUGGACAGGAAAAAGUAUUGUCCCAGAUGAGAAGAUAGAGACCUACGAGCUGGAUUAUGAGGGUAAACGAGACCGUUGGAAUGGUUAUGAUGCAGCUUCUUAUAAGCACGUAAUUGAAGGGUACGAAGCCAGUGAGGCUAGAAGGAAAUAUUUGAAGGAGCAACAGCUUAAGAAGUUGGAGGAGAAAAAUGGUAACCAAAAUGAAGAAGGUGGAGUUAGUGAUGAUGAAGGUAAUGAAGAUGAUCUGAAAGUUGAUGAAGCCAAGGUUGAUGAGAGCAAGCAGAUGGACUUCACAAAGGUUGAGAGGCGUCUACGCACUACAGGGGGUGGUGGCACAGGAACUGGAGAUAAUUGCAAAAGAGUGAGUGGUCAAGCAUUGGAAUUCAAACAGCUCAAAAUUCAUGCUUGGGAAGCAUUUGACAAAGGUCACGAUGUCCAUAUGCAAGCAGCUCCAUCAGAAGCUGAAUUGCUUUAUAAAAAUUUCAACAUCAAUAAGGAAAAAUUGAAGUUUCAACGUAAAGAGAGUCAUGGAGAAGUACGGAAGAAUCAUAAAAGGCCAGAUGUAGAUAUGCAUUCACACUUGCUUUUCUCUGAAUCUUUCAAAAAUCUUAGGCAGUUAUACAGGGAGAACCGAUGGAAUAAUGAAGGGGGUAAAAUUCUGACGGUAAGAAACAACUAUUGCAACGGUGCAGCUGGUAUCGAAGCUUCUGAAGCUGCAGCAGAUCUAAUGAAGGCUAAUAUAGCUUGCAAAGAGAUCACUGAAGCUACACUGGUUGAGGAGAAAAGGCUUGCUACUUGGGGUUCUGAAGUACCCGAUGUUUUAUUUUUGGACGAGAAAAAACUGGCAGAAGCACUUAAAAACAAGGAUGAUAGGAGGAGAGAAGAGAAGGAUGAAAGAAAACGCAAGUAUAAUGUCAAGUGGAACGAUGAGGUUACACCUGAGGAUAUGGAGGCAUACCGAAUGAAGAGGGUACACCAGGAUGAUCCAAUGAAGGACUUUCUUCAUUGA